GUGCCCAUUGCCGGCGACGUCAUGGGCCUGCUCGUUGCGAUUGUCUCCAUCUCCGUCCUCUCCAUCUGCAUCUCCUGUAGACCAAGAUGCACGGCCAUCAAAGUAUGGACCAAUCUACCAGCCGUAGUCUGGCUCGUCUUCGCCAUUUAUAUCGACUCCAUCCUUUUCGUCAUCGCCACCGCCAUUCUGCAGCAAAUAUUCGGCAUCAACUCGAGCUAUGCUGUAUGUCACGGCGCCAUUCUGCUCUGCCUCCUGUGCUACGCCUCCACCAAGUUCAUUUACGUUUUUCUUGUCGAGAAGGCUCACAUCAUUCGUAGCACUCAAAAGACCCGCCUUCAGUCGAAGCUCUACUGUUUUAACUCGUUUGGCAUGCUUAGCCUCUAUACUGUCAUCGUCAUCCUCAACUUCAUCUUUCGAAUUGCUAGGAUCGAUGAGAACGGAGUUUGCAUCAUUGGCAUGCAGAGGAUCUCCAUGGUUCCCCUCAUCUCAUUCGACAGCAUCGUCAACAUCUAUCUCACCAUCCUUUUCCUCAUCCCUCUCAAGAAUCUGUAUUCGUUUAAGAAUAUGUCUAAGACCCCCGCUAACAAACGUCUUAAGAACGUUGCGUUCCGUACCUUUGUCGGUUCUUGUUUCACCCUUCUCAGCAGCAUUGUCAACCUGAGCGUCAUGAUGGCUCUCAAUGGAGAGCCUGGCUGGGUUUGCCUCAUGUGCUGUAACUCUGACAUUCUCUUUUCUGCCAUCGUCAUCCAUUGGGUCACCUCCAAGGACAACGCCGGCUCGGGCAGUCAGACCGGCACCAACCACUACAACGAAAACGGCAGCCGCGCGGGCCGCGAUCCUCACGCCUCAACCCGCCAAAUGAACACGAUCCCCGUGGCUCCGCCCUCGUCCCACGGCACCGAUUCCGAGGUCUCCCUCGUCGCCGCAGUCAACGCGCAAUCCUCCGACGACGGCCGAGACAUGGACAUAGCCAAGGUGUCGACCACCAGCGGCGGCGGCGGCGUAGUCGUCACCACAACGAUCCACCGCCAGAGCCGUCUCGCCAGCGGCUUCAGCCUCGACAUGGACGCCAAAAAGGUCAAAGACGACGACGGCGAGGCCACCUACGGCUACUCACCCCGUUCCCCCACCUACGGCGUCAACAACCACCACCAUAUACCCGAGCCGCCCCGGACCCGUAUCACCGCCGGCAGCCAGAAGGAUCCCUGCAGCUAAAGACUCGGUCUUGUCUGAAGUCCCAUGACUUAGGGUUUCUUUUUAAUCUUCGGGGAUUGCUCGUCAUCCCCACAAGAAUGGCGUUUGUUUUUGGGGUUUCAGGCCUUUCCGUCUUCUGUAACGGUUGGGUCCACGCUAGUGGUCUAGGGUAGGUUUAAGGCAUGAGGUAUAAAAUUAAAUGGAUGUUGGAUACGCAAUUUGCUAUAUGCAAUAGCAGAAGUGAUUGAUUAAGUGAUGUAUUGAGAAGGUUGUUCCCUC